GUAAAACGAGCGUGAACUCGGACGCAAACGAUUCCUGGAAGCUCGCGUGACUCUGUGAACGCGGUAUUGUUUAGUAGGUAAAUAGUAAGCAAGUAUUUGCGAGGCGGCGAUGACCUCCAGUCGCGACGCGGCGGCGGACUCGGUGCUGCGGCGCGGCGGCGAGGGGAGCGCGCGCUCUCCGCCGGAUCGGCCUCCCACGGCGGGCAGCUCCACGAAGCCGUUGACCCCCUUCGGCAUUGAAGACAUUUUGAAGAAACCCGCAGUGAAGUCGGCGGCCGCUCUCUGGCCACCCAGGAACCGUGUAAAGUCCCGGACCCCGCCGUCCCCUCUAUGCGCUCUGGAGGAACUGGCCAGCAAGACUUUGAAAGGGCUAGAAGUGACCGUAAUAGGAGCUGCCGAAGAAGGUCGUGAGCUUUCCCGCGCAUUCAGCCAGAGACACCCCUCAAAAAAGAGGAGGAAAUCCAGAACCGCUUUCACCAACCAUCAGAUCUAUGAACUGGAGAAUCGCUUUCUGUACCAGAAGUACUUGUCCCCCGCAGACAGGGACCAAAUGGCGCAGCAGCUGGGUCUCAGCAACGCUCAGGUCAUCACCUGGUUCCAGAACAGACGCGCCAAACUCAAGAGAGACUUGGAGGAGAUGAAGGCCGAUGUGGAGUCGCUCAAGAGAAUUCCUCCGCAGGAUCUCCAGAAGCUCGUCAUCACGGAGGACAUUGAAGACACCAGAGCGUCUCCUUGCGUCUCCCCCUCGUCACCCCACAGAUCCUUCCCUCGGUCCCCGUCGUGGUCCAGGGAGCAAACCACGGACGAAUUUUCCGAGGAGGAACAAAUUGACGUGGACGAUUGAACAUCAAUCAGAGCGCGUUGGACCUACAGCUUUUUUCUUUAUUUUACUUGUAUCUGUGGAAUUUGUGCC